CCGUUUUACGGCCCGCGAUAGCAGCGUUGUUGUGUACUAUGAAACAGGAUCGAGUGUGUGCAAGAGUAAGAGCGUAAAAGAAAGAGUGAGUGAGAAGGAGCGGAUGAGUGAGAGGGAGCGGGUGAGUGAGAGAGAGAGAGUAAGCGAGAGAGAAAGAGAGAGAAUAACAAAUGUAUCACGGUCGCACCUGUUUGAUAAAUUUUUCCGAAUUAAAACCCAUGGAAUAUCGCCGCCGCCGUCGCGUCAACAACGAUAACAAUGCCUUAACGAUGACUGUACCGUCGCGUUAAUGUGCUGCUACUGCCGUUGCCUGUCACGUUAAACGUGUUAAUAAAACAAUCUACGGUUACGUACGCAUGCUUGCGCGUGUAGAAUUUACUACACGCGGGCUAUCGGCGAACGAAUGUUUUAUGACACGAAUGCAGAAAAACGACGAUAGAUAAGGGCGCCGCCGCUGUCGCGUUGUUCGCCGUCGUAUCUCUUGUGCUUACGACGCUAUCCAAGAAGGACGAAAGGACACGAAUAGUCGUCGUCGAAAGGUGAAUAUUAUAACAGUUAUGUAUGUAUUGCUCGGACUUCAACUUACCAAUUAGAUACUUCACGGUUUCAAAAUGAACAACUCUUCUGACCCUGGAUUCUAUCCAGCAUUUAAUAUUGCUAAUAUAAGACAAGUUUUUAAUGAAGCUGUUGAAAAAGUUCGUAUGCCAACUCCUAUGCGGUUAAGAGAUUUAAUCAGACAAAUAAGAGCAGCACGUACUGCAGCAGAAGAAAGAGCUGUUAUUAAUAAAGAAUGUGCUGAUAUAAGAACUUCAUUUCGAGAUGAAGAUAGUGUUUGGAGAUGUCGAAAUAUUGCAAAAUUAUUGUAUAUUCAUAUGCUUGGAUACCCAGCACAUUUUGGUCAGUUAGAAUGUCUGAAACUAAUAGCAUCACCAAGAUUUACCGAUAAACGAAUAGGUUAUUUGGGUGCCAUGUUAUUAUUGGAUGAACGACAAGAUGUACAUCUUCUUAUUACAAACUGUUUAAAAAAUGACCUGAACAGUUGUACUCAAUUCGUUGUAGGGUUAGCAUUAUGCACUCUUGGUGCUAUUGCAUCUCCUGAAAUGGCUAGGGAUCUUGCAACUGAAGUAGAACGUUUAAUGAAAUCCCCAAAUACAUACAUUAGAAAAAAGGCUGCAUUAUGUGCAUAUAGAAUUGUACUCAAAGUCCCAGAACUAAUGGAGAUAUUUUUGCCAGCCACUAGGUCAAUGCUUUCAGAGAAAAAUCAUGGUGUUCUUAUUACUGGUGUUACAUUAAUAACUGAAAUGUGUGAACGAAGUAUUGAUACUUUACAACAUUUUAAAAAGGUGGUUCCAAACUUAGUAAGAAUUUUAAAAAAUUUAAUACUAGCUGGCUAUUCACCCGAACACGAUGUUUCUGGAGUGAGUGACCCUUUCUUACAAGUAAAAAUAUUAAGACUGCUUAAAAUACUUGGUAGAAAAGAUCCAGAAGCUUCUGAAACUAUGAAUGAUGUUCUUGCACAAGUAGCAACAACAACUGAAACUAAUAAAAAUGUUGGAAACACAAUUUUAUAUGAAACUGUGUUAUCAAUUAUGGACAUUAAAUCUGAAUCUGGGCUCAGAGUACUAGCCAUUAAUAUUUUGGGUAGAUUUUUAUUAAACACUGAUAAAAAUAUCAGAUAUGUUGCUUUGAACACAUUGUUAAAAACUAUUAACUUAGAUAUGACUGCUGUCCAAAGACACAGAACUACUAUAAUUGAGUGCCUGAGACAAGAUCCAGAUGUGUCCAUAAGAAGAAGAGCACUAGAGUUAAGCAUAGCUCUAAUCAACUCCCAUAAUGUUUUGACCAUGACUAAAGAAUUACUUGCAUUUUUGGAAACAUCUGAACCUGAAUUUAAAGCUCAGUGUUCUUCUAGUAUAGUAUUGGCUGCUGAAAAAUUUGCUCCAAAUACUCGAUGGCAUUUAGAUACUUUAAUUAAAGUUCUUGUGGCAGCUGGUAAUUAUGUUAGAGAUGAUGUUGUCUCUAGUACAAUACAGUUAGUAUCUGAAUCUGGUGCUCAACAUGGUGGAUACAUGGCUUCAAAACUAUGGAUAGAAUUGGAAAAAGACACAAGUGAUAAACAGCCAUUAAUUCAAGUAUCAACUUGGACAAUUGGAGAAUUUGGUGAUAUGUUAUUACAACAGUCCGAUGAACAUGCUGUUACUGUGUCAGAAGAAGAUAUUCUUCGAGUAUAUCAUAAAUUAAUGUGGAGUCCUCAAAACAAUAUAGUUUCAAAACAAUAUACAUUAAAUUCACUUAUGAAACUAAGCACACGUAUUAAAGUCAAUGUAGAUAAAAUUCAUGAAAUGGUAGCAUCUUUUACUACACAUAUGCAUACUGAUUUGCAACAACGUGGAAUUGAAUAUAAUCAGUUAUUCAACAGAUAUGAUCCAAUGCGAGAUGGUCUUUUAGAAAGAAUGCCUGCCAUGGAAUCGAAUAGAACUCAGAGGUCACAAUGGAAUGAAACUAUUGAAAACAUUCCAUCACCUAAUGAUUUACUUGUCACAGAUGUGUCAAACACUGAGACCAAUGAUUCUAAUGCAUUGUUAGUACUGCUAGAAGGUUCAAAUGGUGAAACCGAGUUGAUUUCAAAUCAAAAUUCAGUAACACCUGCAACUACUAGUGAUACUCAAGAUUUGUUGGAUCUCUUAGGUGGUUUAGAUUUAAGUAAUCAGCCCAUGCAACCAUUGAACAAUCUUACACCAGAAAUUAGUUCUACUAAUGGAUCAAGUAUUAAUACAAAUAAUAAUUUACUUGACUCAUUAUGUUUAGGUGAAUCAUCAAUAGUUAAUACCAAUAAAGUGAAGAGCCCUGGCACUGUAACUGCUUAUGACCAAAAUAAUUUACUCAUUACAUUAUUAGUUGAAAGAGAUCAGAUGAAUAUUGAUUCAAAUACUGUGAACAUGACUGCUUACAAUAAUGGAUCAUUUACCAUUAAUGAAUUUCUUUUUCAAGCAGCUGUUCCUAAAACUUUCCAAUUACAAAUGUUACCUCCAUCAUCAAAUUCAAUUGAACCUGGUUCGUUUUUGACUCAAUUGAUGCGAGUAUCAAAUGUGUCUAAAAGCCAAUUAAGAAUGAGAAUUCGACUCUCAUAUACCACCAAUGGUGUAUUAAAGCAAGACCAAACCGAAGUGAAUAAUUUUCCAACACCACCAGAUACAUUUGGAACAUCCACAUUGAACCUUUGGUCUGAGAAUCAAUGACAUAAAGUAUUAGUGGCCAUUGGCUAAUAAAAUUAAUUAGUGGAGACUGUUUGGAGAUCGUUGGAUGAUCAUUUAUAGGUGUUUAAAUUUUUGUCAAUUUUUUGAGAGAAAUUUGAAUUUGUUUACAUUCAUCAAAAACACCUUUUUAUUAUAAGUGUUAAUUUUUUUAAUAACACUUGGAAUUGUAACAAUGACUUUAACUAUUUAUAUAAUUAGCU